AUGCUGAGCCAGUUCCCCGAAAUAACCGCCACCGCAUUCUCGGAUGCGGCUGCGGGCUCGGUGCCACCCAGUCCCCCUCCCGCAAAGACCACCGUCGCCGGAAAGGCCCAGUCGAUCGUCAAGUCCAUCCUCCAUGGCGUCUCCGAGGACGACUCGCCGUUCCAGGAAGUCCAGGAUACCCAUUCCAAGUUGCUGGCCAGGGGCAAGUACGUCCACGAGCUCCAGAUCCAUGACGUCAAGCCCGAGGCCUGGGACGAUUAUCUCGGACUGGUGGGCGAGCGCUACACCAAGGUGGCCGAGGAUCCGGCCUUCAAGGUCAAGUUGUUUGGCAGCUGGACCACCGAAAUCGGCGACCUGGACCAGGCCGUGCACGUUUGGGAAUACAAUCACUAUCCGGGAUACACCGAGACCAAGGCGCUGCUGGCUCAGGAUCUGGCACACCGCGAGUUUGAAAAGAAGCUGCGCCCGAUGCUGCGCCAGCGAAAGAACCAGAUCAUGCUCGAGUUUGCCUUCUGGGCAGGCAGUCCUCCCGCUGCCCACGGUGGCGUCUACGAGCUGCGAACCUAUCAGCUGAAGCCCGGCCGCCUGCUGGAAUGGGAGACUGAAUGGCGUCGCGGACUCGAGGCUCGCCGCAAGCACGUCCAGCCGAUUGGUGCCUGGUUCUCGCAGCUUGGCCAUCUCAACUAUGUCCAUCACAUGUGGGUCUAUCCCGAUCUCCAAACCCGAAAGGAGAGACGAGAGGCCGCGUGGCAGGUCGAGGGAUGGUCACAGACAGUUUACAAAACCGUGCGUCUUAUCGACCGCAUGCAGGGCUUUAUCCUCCGCGCCAAUUCGUUCUCGCCUCUCAAGUAA